AUGGCGCCCCGAAAGAUCAUCCCAAUUGAUGCUGGUUGGCAGUUCAGGAGGACAGAUGUCGAUGACUUUUCGUUUCUGCCCGUUGCCCAGUUCCCCACCAAUAUCCACCUUGACCUGCUGCAUCACAACCUCAUUCCUGAUCCCUUCAUUGGCAAAAAUGAACUGGACGUGCAAUGGGUAGGCGAGGUCAACGCUUGGCAGUAUCGCACGUCAUUCAAGGCUCCCAAGGUUGGGGCUCAAGAGAAAGCAAUUCUUGCCUUUGACGGUCUGGAUACGUUUGCCGAGGUGCUUCUCAAUGAUAAGAAGAUUCUGGAAACAGACAACAUGUUCAUACCCGAACGGGUGGAUGUCACAGCACUUCUCAACGAUACAGACAACCAACUGGUCAUCACCUUUGACAGCGUAAAUGUCAAAGGGUGGAAACGGGUGGAGCAGCAUCCUCAGCACAAGUGGGGAGUCUGGAAUGGAGACGCCUCCAGACUGGGCGUUCGAAAAGCCCAGUAUCACUAUGGCUGGGACUGGGGCCCGACACUAUUGACGUGCGGCCCCUGGAAGCCCAUCAGUCUUGAGAUAUAUGAAUCACGCCUCGCUGACUUAUACUCAAAUGUCACUGUUGAUGAAUCUCUUGCUAGUGCCAAGGUUGUGCUCCAUGCAGCAACUGAAGGAAAGGCAUCAAAAGUGCGGUUUGACAUCUCUCUUGGUCAAACUACCCUCAGCGAAACUGUGGACGUUACAAAAGGAGAAGCAGUAGCGACCUUCAACAUCAGUAAUCCAGAGCUGUGGUACCCUCUCCGCUAUGGUAAACAGCCGCUGUAUACAAUUACUGCUACGCUGCUUAACGGUAGUGAUGAAGUGGACGCUUUGUCGAAGAGAAUAGGCAUCCGAAAAGUAGAGCUUGUUCAGAAGCCGCUUAAAGACCAACCAGGAACGUCAUUCUUUUUCCAGGUCAACAAUAUCCCGGUAUUCUGCGGUGGCAGCAACUGGAUCCCCGCAGACAACUUCACUCCACGAAUUACCAAGCAAAAAUACCAGGACUGGGUUAAGCUUCUGGUUGAAGGGAACCAAUCCAUGCUGCGUAUCUGGGGUGGUGGUGUUUAUGAAGAUGAGAAUCUGCUUGAUGCGUGUGACGAAAAUGGAAUUCUUGUCUGGGUUGACUUUCCAUUUGCUUGUGGAAGCUACCCUUGCUGGCCAGAGAUGCUGGAAUCCAUCGAUAGAGAGGCAAGGGAGAAUGUCAAGAUCUUGAGACACCAUCCCAGUAUUGUCAUCUAUGCUGGCAAUAACGAAGACUACCAGUAUCAGGAGAGUGAGGGGCUUACGUAUGACCCCCAAGAUAAAGAUCCUCAGAGCUGGCUCAAGACAGAUUUCCCCGCUCGUUACAUUUACGAGCACCUCCUUGUGCAAGUGUGCAAAGAUCUGGUACCCGAGACAUACUAUCACUAUGGCAGUCCUUGGGGUGGCAAGUCGUCGAGUGAUCCAACAGUCGGAGAUAUUCACCAGUGGAAUGUGUGGCACGGCAGUCAGGAGAAGUAUCAGAACUUCGACAAGCUGAGCGGGCGCUUUGUUUCUGAAUUUGGCAUGCAGGGUUUCCCAUCCGUCAAAACCAUUGACGCCUACCUACCCAAGGGUAAAGAUGAUCCAGAUCGACAUCCACAGUCUGACAUUGUGGAUUUCCACAACAAGGCCGAUGGGCAUGAGCGCCGAAUUGCUCUUUAUCUCGCGGAGAACAUCACAUUUACUACGAGUCCCCUGGAACAAUAUGUCUACUCUACUCAGCUGAUGCAAGGAGAGUGCCUGUCAUCUGCAUACCGGCUCUGGCGCCGCGAAUGGAAAGGCCCUGGACGAGAGUAUUGCAGCGGGGCUCUUGUGUGGCAGCUAAAUGAUUGUUGGCCCGUGACGUCUUGGGCUCUCUGCGAUUACUAUCUACGACCCAAGCUCGCCUAUUUCACUGUGAAACGAGAGCUUAACCCCUAUACCGUUGGGAUCAAGCGAGCUGAACACCGCCAUCCUAAGGAUAAAUACACAAGGGUUGAUAUUGAAGUCAAGACGAAACUAGAGAUUUGGGCUUCUAGCUUUACGCUCGACGAUGUCAAAGUCGACUGCGUUGUCAAGGCAUGGGAUGUGAAGACAGCGGAAGAAGUCUUUAGCAAGACCAUCGCGUCAUCACAGCAGCUGCUAGGCAACCAGACCACUGAGCUGGCAGUUAUCGAUUUUCCUGUAAAGACUCCUAAUGCCGGGCUGGAGAACCGCACAAUUGCUGCGGCAUACAUUUACCAAGAUGGCAAGCUGCUCGCCCGCUAUGUCGACUGGCCGCAGCCGCUUAAGCAUGUGCAUCUACAACAGCCUCAGAAGCUGAGUGCGAAGCUCUCUCAAGAUAAUGGCUCUGUCAUUCUAAAUUCGGAUAUACCGACCAAGGGUGUUGCCCUGGAAUGUGAUGAUGAUGCGGUCAAGUUUGACGACAACUUGAUUGAUCUUGUUCCGGGCGAGGAAGUUUGGGUGCGUGUGACGGGAGCUACGAAGGAUACGGUGAUUACGACGAGAUACUUGGGGCUUCCCAACUAG